GCCACGUAGAAUAGCCCUUCUCCAGUGUGGUAUCUCCUGUGGUGACUCUUCCCAGCCUGCCCCUCAUCCUUACCUAAGAGCCCACAUCCUGCUCCCCGCUUACUGUACAAGCCGUGCAGAGACUCCAACCACCCCCCUUCUCCCUAAGUUUAUCAGCCACAAGAAGAGAUUGAGAGAAGGCGCCAUCUAGUGAGAGCUGUACCCGGUAUCCCUGCCCGUACACGCCUGCCACCUCCCGUGCCCGCGGGCGCUGUGCCUGCAGGAGCUUUCCUGACACUCCACAUACUUUCCUGCACUAGUGCUGGCGCCUCCCCCUCCAUCAUCAUCAUCAUCUCCUCAUCCCCAGUGCUCAGCCUUCUCCUCCUGCUGUCUCCCCCGUCCUGACCCCUGCGAACACCGCUCCGUGACAUCAUGGGUGUACGGCACACGACCAGCCCGGCUGCCCCUCUCUCGGGGAUGCCCGUCACUCGCUGGCCGGUGUUGGCCCUGCAGGCCGUCUUUCUAGUGAGCUUUGUGACUUGUAACGACGCCCCGCCGGUGCCCGGGGACCAGCUGCACAUAGACAGGACCUCGGUGCCCGAGCUGUGCCCGCGGACUGUCAAGGACGGGGACUUCGUACGGUAUCACUACCAUGGCUCUUUCCCGGAUGGCACCAAGUUCGACUCCAGUUAUGACCGGGGAACAACUUACAACGUCCUUGUGGGAAAAGGCAAGAUCAUUGCAGGAAUGGACAAAGCUCUUAUUGGAAUGUGUGUAAAUGAGAGGAGACUAGUGAAGAUUCCUCCUAGUCUUGCCUACGGCAGUGAAGGGGUCGCUGGGGUCAUUCCUCCAGAUGCAGUGCUUCACUUUGAUGUUCUUUUAAUGGAUAUCUGGAACCCAGAAGACAAAGUUGAAGCAGAGACCUAUUACAAACCAGAAGUGUGUGCGCGAACAGUGCAGGUGUCUGACUUCAUUCGCUACCACUACAAUGGGACCUUGCUUGAUGGGACACUUUUUGAUUCAAGCCACAAUCGCAUGAGAACCUAUGACACCUAUGUGGGAAUUGGUUGGUUGAUCCCUGGAAUGGAUACUGGGCUACUUGGAAUGUGCGUGGGUGAAAAACGUAAAAUCACAGUCCCCCCCUUUCUUGCAUAUGGAGAGGAUGGUGAUGGUAAAGAUAUUCCUUCUCAGGCAACUCUGGUCUUUGAUGUUGUGUUAUUGGACUUGCACAACCCAAAAGAUGGUAUAACUGUAGAAGUCCAGUAUCUCCCAGAGGACUGUGAGAGGAAAACUCAGGCUGGUGACUACAUUCGGUACCAUUACAAUGGCACACUGCUGGAUGGCACAUUCUUCGAUUCCAGUUACUCUCGAAACCACACUUACAACACAUACAUUGGAAAGGGUUAUGUUAUUGCCGGUAUGGAUGAAGGUUUACUGGGUGUGUGCACUGGAGAAAAGAGGCGAAUUACGAUUCCACCACAUCUUGCUUAUGGUGAAGAAGGAACUGGAAAGAUCCCAGGAUCAGCUGUGUUGGUUUUUGAUAUCCUCAUUGUCGAUUUUCACAACACAGAAGAUUCUGUCAACAUUAUAUCAAAUUAUAAGCCAGACAACUGCACUGUCCUGAGCAAGAAGGGGGAUUAUCUGAAGUAUCACUAUAAUGCAACACUUAUGGAUGGCACCACACUAGAUUCAACGCACCAGUAUGGAAAAACAUACAACAUUGUUCUUGGAUCUGGACAGGUGGUAAUAGGAAUGGACAUUGGACUGCAAGACAUGUGUGUUGGAGAGAAGCGUACCGUUAUUAUUCCUCCACAUUUAGGUUAUGGAGAAGCUGGAGUAGAGGGAGAAGUCCCAAGAAGUGCCGUCCUCUUGUUUAACAUUGAACUGGUGGAAUUGAUCCCAGGACUGCCCGAUGGUUACAUGUUUGUUUGGAGUGGAGAGGUGUCACCAAAUCUCUUUGAAGAGAUUGACAAAGACCAAAAUGGGGAGAUAUUUUUGGAAGAGUUUUCAGAAUAUAUUUAUGCCCAGGUGGAAUCAGGCAAAGGAAAACUAGCGCCUGGUUUUGAUGCUGCCAAGAUUAUAGAGAACAUGUUCAAAAACCAGGAUCGAAAUGAAGAUGGCAAAAUAACAGAAGCAGAGUUUAAAUUAAAAGACCAAGAGGAUAAAGAAAGACACGACGAACUGUAAUAUUUAAUAAGGGUUUGUGUCCACAUGCACUGUGAAAGCUUUAUGAGAGGGUAAAGGUAGAAUUAUGCGAGAUCGGUGAAUGAAUGUGGGGGAUGUAUAUCACUGACUGAAUUGCUGAAUGUGAGAAUUUAGGCAACACAUACAACAUUCUUGUGGAGAAUGGUUUAUCAGCUACAACAGUAAUAUUAUCUCAGGUUCCAAUUUACAAUAAAAAAAAAAAAAACUGAAAUCGGUGAACAUUUUUUUUUUUUUACUUAUCUCUAUAUCAUUUUAUAUGGAUAUCAUCCCCAAAAUAUGGUAACCAAUGAUUAUAUUCUCUCACAAAACAAUUUACUUUCCUUCCUCGCUUAUACACGGGCUAAGUCCAGGCUAAAAAUCAUAUGCGACUAAUUCUAUUAUUUUCUACAUGGGGGGGGGGAAUUCUACAAAUGCUGCAGAGUUUUGUGGUAAACAUGAAUCUUACUUUAUAGAGUAUGAUAAAGUACACAUAUGGCUAUGGCUUACAUGUGAUUAAAGGGAGCCAGUCAUCACUUUCAUGCAGACCAAAUCACAAGUCAUCAGGAUGGUCCCCAGCAGAUUCUUCCCACCCACUUCGAUUGAUAGAUCUGUCCCUGUUUGGGUAUAGAGAGAGAUCUAUCCAUCAAGGCCAGUGAAGCAGACAGAACACACUGGGGACUGCCCCAAAUACAUGUGUUUCAGGCAGCAUUAAAGUGAUUACAGACAAGUUCUAACAUAGCCCUAUUGAGACAUUCCUUUAUAUAUUGCUAUUUUAAAAUGGUUUACCAUACAGUAAGUUUUAAAGGGGUACUCCGGCGCUAAGACAUCUUAUCCCCUAUCCAAAGGAUAGGGGAUAAGACGCCUUGCUGGGGACCCCCAUAAUCUUUAAGGCAGCAACCCGUUACCAUCAACCCCCGGAGCAUGUUCGCUCCGGGUCUGAUGACUGCAGAUCACAGGGCUCGAGUAUUGUGACAUCACG